AUGAAUAGCACUGCUAAAGUUUCUUUAGUAUACUGUGUACUGUAUCCUGAGCUGUGUUCUCUCUCCUCAGACCCCACCCCGCCUGUGAGUGCUGCUGGCAAGGCCUCUUCAUACAGACAGCCUGCACUGGUCCUCCUCAUCCUGUGCUGUCUCUUACUGGCUGCCAUCAUCUCCCUCGCUGUCUAUCAUUUCAGAACUAAAGAAGAUCCUGAGAAAUACACCAGCCUGUCCACAAAUUAUUCAUCAUUACUGAAUCAGCUCCAGGACUUGAGCAGUGACUACAGCAACCUCAACAGGAAUCAUUCUGAGCUGCAGAGUAACUAUAGCAGGCUCAAUGAAACUCAUUCUGAGCUGCAGAGUAACUAUAGCAGGCUCAAUGAAACUCAUUCUGAUCUGCAGAGUAACUAUAUCAAGCUAUCUGGAUCUCACUCUAAUCUGCAGAGUAACUAUAGCAGGCUCAAUGAAACUCAUUCUGAGCUGCAGAGUAACUAUAGCAGGCUCAAUGAAACUCAUUCUGAGCUGCAGAGUAACUAUAGCAGGCUCAAUGAAACUCAUUCUGAGCUGCAGAGUAACUAUAGCAGACUCCAAAAAGAAAAUUCAGCAUUGAAAAAGCACAGUACUGAGCUGUCUGUCAAAUCAAUCUUGGAUAAAUACUGUCCUCUCAAAGAAGGCUCUUCAAAGGAGCGGGUUUGUAAAGCCUGUCCAGAGAAGUGGGUGGAGUUCAAUGGAAAGUGCUACUACUUCUCACCUGAUGAAAUGAACUGGCACUCCAGCCGGGCUAGCUGUGUGUCAAUGGGAGCAGACCUGGUGAUUAUAGAGAGCGAGGCAGAGCAGAAAUUCUUAUCAGAGAAUGCUAAAACGGAUUCUUACUGGAUUGGCCUGACAGAUGCUGUUACUGAAGGAGUCUGGCUCUGGGUGGACGACACUCCUCUCAAUGACAAGGCAAAAUUCUGGGCCACAAGGACACAUGAUAAAUGUAAAGAGCCUGAUGACUAUAAGGUUGAGGACCCGUCUGGUGAAGACUGUGCACAACUACAACCACAGAGGAAUUCCAAAGAGACCUGGUUUGAUUCUUCAUGCAAAAAGCAAUAUAAAAGGAUUUGUGAAACUGAGGCAGUGAUAGUUUAUAAAGAGGAUAUGACAGGUUGACCGAGUGACGACGUCCCCAGAGCAGAAAGCUGACACAGACAGGCAGGUACUCGGGUGAAAGUGCUGGUGCGCGCGUAUUUAUUUAAAAAUAAAAUUAAACAAAAACAACUCAGAGCAAAAAUUAAUAUUUAAAACAAAACAAAACGAUACCUAGGUCAGGCUGGGCAGUCGCCUUCAUUGAUCCUGUAGUUCUCUAGUUUUAUUUUUACUUUCGAUUUUCACCCGUCUCACUCUCGUUCCUCCUCUCAAUCACCCACCCUGAACACAGAAACAGACAGGUUCAUAUACUCGAGGCCAUCUCCGAAUCAACACCCAAUUCAUUAAUUUGGAUACGGACACAUUCUGCACGAGAGUUUUGGUUUGCGUGGCCGACAGUCAAUUUGUCAAUAAUCACUGACUGCUGACCACGCAUUCUCAUGAGCUGUCUGUCAGAGACGAGCUGCUAACACCACCUGUGCCAGACCACAUUCAAACCAAUAAUAAACAAAACACUCGUCUUUUAAAUAAACACAAAAUCCCUUUUUGCCAGCACAUUCACCCGUGCUACAUAAACACAACCCAAUACAUGAUUUCCAGGCAGGGCUUUGCCCCGCCCCCUCUAACAAUGUUCAGGGCUUCUCCUCUGCCCUGCCACACAGGACAAUCAGGAAAAAAGAAACUAACGUCACUGAAGCACAAAGAGAGACGAGAAAGAAUAGAAGAAACUCAGUUCAGAUAGACAAGCAUGCAGGUCAUCCCCCAACAUUACCAGAUUAACCGUUUGAUUCCACAUUAUGAAAAAGCAGAGAUAACAAUGAGCUGGUGGUGGUUUGUACUGAAUGAAGUCUGGCCGUGAGAACAGAAUUGCAUUGUUUGUUCAGAAACAAAGCUGAAACAUUAAGAAUCUCACAAUAUGAAAGAGCAGCUGAGAUAUAAAACUGCUCUCAGGUAGUUUAGCAACGUGAACAGAAAGGUCAGUGUUUAUUUAAAACCACUACACACAUGCACCCAGGAGACCCCCGAACCCUGAUCUCCUGUGAAAAAAACAAAACAAGAAGUUAUCAUGUUCACCAUGCAGAGUGGGACAGACAGAAAGACCCGAUCAGUGAAGAAAGCUCCACAUCUUGAAUGAGGACCCCAACAACAAGAUUGGGAAUCAAAGUCUUAAUCGUAAUGAUGGGGAGAUUCAACCUGAUUCCUCACAGGGAGGGGCCAGCCCUACCUAACUGAUAGAAGCACACCCCCACAAACAGUCUGAAUCAGCACACUGAUGAAGGCACCACACUGUGCAGAGUUUAUGAUUGUGUGAAGUAAAUGAAGUCAGACAAGAAAACUACAAGAAGAUAACUUAUGAAAUUAAGAUAUUUCACCAAGUGGAGUCUCUCAAAGUCAUUAAGUUUUGCUUUAUUGUAUAACUGAGUCUUUGGAGUUUUGCUCCCUCUAGUGGUUCACAGAGGUAUGACUAGUUAGUCACACAGGAUACACACAUUUCGUAACUGUAUCUGAGGGCUGUGCUCUGAGCUACAAUAGAGCAACCCACUGAAACAACUACUUCAGCAGAUUAGUAUUAUCAUUUUAUAACCCUGCACUGCACUGAUACUCAUUAUAAAAGUUCACCCUGGUAAAUGUACAGUCAUUUUGCAGUUUCCUGUGCUUUAGCAGGCUUGUGCUGGUUUGCCAUUGUUUUUACAACACUUUACAAUACAUAUCUGUGCUUCACCUGCUCGCCUUUGCUUUACCAUGAUUGUGCUGUGCUUUUACCCUGGUAUACCACACACUUACAAGGGAGACAAUGAUCAUUUUUAUAGAUCUUCAGUAUUGUGUUUCACUCCAUUCUGACUACAGCUCCCAUCAUCCCUCACUGGUACUGCUGGGGUAGAGCAUGAUGGGAGCUGUAGGCACUGUAUUGAAUAUGCAGCCUUCUGUCUUUCCCCAUAUUUAAGGUUGUUACCUCACAAUCCUGUAUUGAUAAAAUGUGCAUUAUAGGUUUUCUUGUAAAAUGUUAUCAGUGUAAAAAACACCAAAGAUGUAAGAAAAUGAGAAGGAGAGCUCCUGUUCCUCUUCCAUUUGUUUCCAUUUGUGUUUUUCUUCUCUGAGCUGAAGCAGAGCUCCUUGUAUAUACAGCGUUCCUAUCAUACCCCCCUGCUGCUGCUGUUUAGUUCACAAGCCAGAAAGCUUGCAUUGUUACUGAUAAAGCAGAGUGCAAACACAAAAGACCACACUCUGGAAGAAUGUGAUAAAUAUUCAGACAGAUUGUAGAGUCAAAUUGAACAAGAUUAUGAGAUGCAGGUUUCAGUGCAAUAUUCUUCAGCAUGUUGAUUAAACUAUUGCUUUGUAUAUUA